GUGAAGCCGGCUCGGCCGCCAUCUUCCUUGAGGGCUCAGCGGCGUUCCUCAGCACCGGGCUCUCCCAUUGGCUUCCUCCCCACGCUCCCGGCCAAUCGGCGGCGGCGGUGUUGAGAGGUGCCGGCGUGUGGAGUGUGGAGAGCGGGGUGGCCGCCACUAUGUUGCGCCGGCAGGCCCGCGAGCGCCGCGAGUUCCUGCGGCAGCGGGAGCAGCAGCAGCGGCUGCAGCGGCAGCGGCAGCGCAGGGAGCAGCUCAGGCAGGCGCUGGAUGGUGAGGGGGGGGCACAAAGGGACAGCGGUGACAUCGGGGGGGGGUCAAAGGGACCUGGGGGGGAGCCCAGUCACCAUGACGACGAAUACAAGUGGGCGGGGCUGGAACCGCCCCAAGUGAUGGUGACGACCUCACGUGACCCCAGCUCCCGCCUGCGCCUCUUCGCCAAGGAGCUGUGCCUGCUGAUCCCGGGCGCGCGGCGCAUGAACCGGGGCCGGGCGGACCUGGGGGCGCUGGUGGGGGCCUGCAGGGCGGCCGGGGUCACCGACCUGCUGCUGCUGCACGAGACCCGCGGGGACCCCGAUGGGCUGUCCGUGUGUCACCUGCCCCACGGGCCCAGCGCCCACUUCACGCUGAGCGGGACCGUCCUGCGCAGGGACACGGGGGGACACGGGGGCACCCCCCUGGUGGCACCGCACCUGCUGCUGGUCAAGAUGGACACGGCGCUGGGACACAGGGUGGGCACGAUCCUCAAGCACCUGUUCCCCGUCCCCCGGCCCGACAGCCGCCGCGUGGUGACAUUCGCAAACCAGGAUGACGUCAUCCUGGUCCGGAACCACGUUUACCGGCGCCGGGGGAAGGAGGUGGAGCUGGAGGAGGUGGGACCACGAUUCCAGCUACGCCCCUACCUGAUCCGCCUGGGCACCCUGGACCAAGGGGACGCCGCCGACGUCGAGUGGCGCUGGCACCCGUACACGGCCACGGCGCGCAAGCAACGCCUGCUGGCCAGCGCCUGACCGGACGCCUGGGUCCCUCCCGGACGCCUGGGUCCCCUCCUGCUCGCCUGGGUCACUCCCGGAUGCCUGGGUCCCUCCCGGACGCCUGGGUCCCCUCCUGGUCAUCUGGGUGCCUCCCGGAUGCCUGGGUCCCUCCCGGACGCCUGGGUCCCCUCCUGGUCACCUGGGUGCCUCCCGGAUGCCUGGGUCCCUCCCGGAUGCCUGGGUCCCUCCCAGAUGCCAGGGUCUCUCCCGGACGCCUGGGUCCCCUCCUGGUCACCUGGGUGCCUCCCGGAUGCCUGGGUCCCUUCCGGACGCCUGGGUCCUCUCCUGGUCACCUGGGUGCCUCCCGGACGCCUGGGUCCCUCCCGGCUGCCUGGGUCCCCUCCUGGUCAUCUGGGUCCCUCCCGGAUGCCUGGGUCCCUCCCGGACGCCUGGGUCCCUCCCAGACGCCUGGGUCCUCUCCCGGAUGCCUGGGUCCCUCCCGGACGCCUGGGUCCCCUCCUGCUCGCCUGGGUCACUCCCGGAUGCCUGGGUCCCUCCCGGACGCCUGGGUGCCUCCCGGAUGCCUGGGUCCCUCCCGGACGCCUGGGUCCCCUCCUGGUCUCCUGGAUGCCUCCCAGAUGACUGGGUCCCUCCCGGAUGCCUGGGUCCCCUCCUGGUCACCUGGGUCCCCUCCUGCUCGCCUGGGUCCCUCCCGGACGCCUGGGUCCCCUCCUGCUCGCCUGGGUCACUCCCGGAUGCCUGGGUCCCUCCCGGACGCCUGGGUCCCUCCCGGACGCCUGGGUACCCUACUGGUCACCUGGGUGCCUCCGGACGCCUGGGUCCCCUCCUGGUCACCUGGGUGCCUCCCGGAUGCCUAGGUACCUCCCGGACGCCUGGGUCCCUCCUGGACGCCUGGGUCCCUCCCGGACGCCUGGGUCCCCUCCUGGUCAUCUGGGUGCCUCCCGGAUGCCUGGGUCUCUCCCGGACGCCUGGGUCCCUCCUGGACUUGUGGGUCCUAUCCUGGACUCCUGGGUCCCUCCCGGACGUCUGGGUCCCCUCCUGGUCACCUGGGUGCCUCCCGGAUGCCUGGGUCCCUCCCAGACAUCAGGGUCUCUCCCGGAUGCCUGGGUCCCUCCCAGAUGCCUGGGUCCCUCCCGGACGCCUGGGUCCCCUCCUGGUCACCUGUGUGCCUCCAGGAUGCCUGGGUCCCUCCCAGACAUCAGGGUCUCUCCCGGAUGCCUGGGUCCCUCCCGGACGCCUGGGUCCCUCCCGGACGCCUGGGUCCCCUCCUGGUCACCUGGGUGCCUCCCGGACGCCUGGGUCCUCUCCCGGAUGCCUGGGUGCCUCCCGGAUGCCUGGGUCCCUCCCGGAUGCCUGGGUCCUCUCCCGGAUGCCUGGGUCCCUCCCGGACGCCUGGGUCCCCUCCUGGUCACCUGGGUGCCUCCCGGAUGCCUGGGUCCCUCCCGGACGCCUGGGUCCCCUCCUGGUCACCUGGGUGCCUCCCGGAUGCCUGGGUCCCUCCCGGACGCCUGGUCCCCUCCUGGUCACCUGGGUCCCUCCCGGAUGCCUGGGUCCCCUCCUGGUUGACUGGGUCCCUCCCGGACGCCUGGGUCCCCUCCUGGUCAUCUGGGUCCCUCCCGGACGCCUGGGUCCCCUCCUGGUCACCUGGGUCCCUCCCGAUGCCUGGGUCCCCUCCUGGUUGACUGGGUCCCUCCCGGACGCCUGGGUCCCCUCCUGGUCACCUGGGUGCCUCCCGGAUGCCUGGGUCCCUCCCGGACGCCUGGGUCCCGUCCUGGUUGACUGGGUGCCUCCCGGAUGCCUGGGUCCCUCCCGGACGCCUGGGUCCCCUCCUGGUUGACUGGGUGCCUCCCGGAUGCCUGGGUCCCCUCCAGGACGCCUGGGUCCUCUCCCGGACGCCUGGGUGCCCUCCCAGACGCCUGGGUCCCUCCCGGAUGCCUGGGUGCCUCCCGGAUGCCUGGGUCCCUCCCGGACGCCUGGGUCCCCUCCUGGUCACCUGGGUGCCUCCCGGAUGCUUGGGUCCCCUCCUGAUCGCCUGGGUCCCUUCCCGGACUCCUGGGUCCCCUCCCGAACUCCUGGGUCCCCUCAUUCAUUUCUACCACAAUAAACAUAUUUUUACAGUUUAACCCCCUUUCAUUCACUUGAUUGACAGGUGGUUUCUAUGACAACCGUGACAUCACAGGGGGACCCAGGCAUCCGGGUCCACCACCCCCCCCCAUUAAUUAACUCCCCCCAUUAAUUAACUCAUUACCAAACGAGUUUUUUCUCCUUAAAACUUUAUUACAUAAAAAAAAUAAGUUCCUCGCG